ACAAUUGUGUCUACAAGAUAUCGUGCUUUUUCGGGCAAGUCGUCGCAUCGCCGACCCGGAUUCUUCCCCCGGAAAAAGAAACUGGGCGAGUCCGUCGUGCCAGUAGCAAUGGCCGCCGUGCUGACUCGCCCGAGUAAUUCGUGAGAGUCCGCGUUUCCGUGUCGACUGCCGAUCCCUGCGGCCGGCCGCUACGUCGUCGGUCACCCUGCGCCUCCGAUCCGGGCAAGUAUAACACGGUGAAUUAGCAUAACGCGACCGCCCGCUCGUACCGCAAUCGCGUCAUUCGACGAUAUCGCUAUGCACGUACGUGUCGGCGGUGUGUGCGUGCUCUCGCGUACGCGUGUGCGUACGUAUGUGCGUGAUUGUGAUCGUGCGUGAGUGUACAUCCAUGAUCGGUCUCGAGACCGUGUUACGGCACGUCGAGACAGCGUUAUUUUCGAGCAUCGCACUUCUACCGAUGUCAGGUAGGUGACAUGCCUAGCACUCGUGAUAUCGAACGAGCCGAACGUAAUGGGAGGUUUCGCUCACGAAGAAGAGGCAGUACAGGCAGUGACGUGAAUCGGCACAGUUUUGACAGUACUGACAAGCGGCACAGGAGGCAUGGCAAGAGCAAGAGCUCUGGAAAGAAGAAAAAGAAACGUUCGCGCGACAAGUCACUGGAGAACGUUCCAACUGUAGCUUCGUCGGUUGUCAAACCAUUAGUCGAGUAUUCUGACGUAAGUAGCGAGGACCUCUCCGAGCCAGAAGCGGGGGAGAUACAGUCGGAGGAUAGUCGCGCGAAUAGUUAUACGGAUGGCGAAGUACCUGAACCGCUCCUUCAGAGGCGAUAUUACGGCGGCAGUCCGGUACGAGCUCUUGGAGCAUCGCCUAUCAGUCUGUCGCCGUCACCGCCGGUUCAACACCGACACUCCGGUAGACACUAUUCCUCACCCAAUGAGCAGCAACAGCCGACGACGAUGCACGGCGCGAGCUCGGAAUAUGAGGAGGAAUCGAGACGAUACGCUCGACGGAAAGAGAAGAAGCACAAACGCGAGAAGAAGAAGAAGAGGAGCCCGAGUCCGUCGUCGAAUUCCGGGAAGAAGAAGAAGAGAAAAUCCAAGAGGCACUCUCACAGUCUGAGCCCACAUCGCACCAUCACCGAGGAGAUCAUCCUGAGUCCGGAUCAUGAGAAGCAAUCGCCAUCGAGCGCCGCCGUUGCCAAUUGGUCAGAAUCGCCCCUGUUGCCGUUAAAUAGCACGUCGCCGAUUUCACCGGCCACGCCGCAAGAGCAGAGGUGUCCCAGUGAUGACGCGGAGAUCGAGAUGUCGAGGCAGACGUGCCGGAACGUCACGCCACCGCCAAUGUUGUCGGCGCGACAGACGGAAUCGCCGCACACGCCGCUGCUGCCUCCACGUGCCGGCGCUACCACGCCGGAAAAUCUGAAUAAGGUCACGUUGGUGUCGAAGCACAGCAGUCCCGACCGGCAAAAACGCAGUCCCAGUAUUCACGCAGUGCGACGCGCCAGCAUCAGUCCCGCACCCGUCGGCCCGAGUCGUAGGCGGCCUCACAGCCCAAGCCCACCGUCGAGGCGAAGGGAUCACAGUUCACCGCCGCGAAGAAGAGAUUUCAGUCCUAACCCGGUACUGCAUAGGCUCAGGCAUAGUCCGAGCCCGGCUACGGUCAGACGACGGGAAUUCAGUCCGAGUCCCGUGAGCAGGCGACGAACCGACAGUGGAGCUGCGUCUCCCAAGCGCAGGAGACGAGAUGAGCCCGAUCGACGUCACCGGCAUCACGACAAGGACAGGAGGGACAAACGGAAAUCGAGAUCGACCAGAAGCCCCACUGGAAGCAGAUUACACAUGCCGCUAUCCCGAUCGCGAUCCCGCAGUCCGGGAAGAUGGCGCAAGUUGUCACGCUCGAGGUCGCGCUCACGCAGAAGGAGUCGCACCCCGAAGAAAUCGCGCUCGCCCAGCAAAUCACACAAAUCAACGAGGAAACACAAAUCGAAGAGCCCGCGCCCUAGAAUACCUUCGCCUUCCCCUCACAGGUCCCGCGCUAGAAGCCCGUCGAGCAUCACCGCUCGAAAUCUCCGGGUGCAAGCGAAAAUUAGCGAGACCAGUCUGUUCGCAGAGCUGGUGAAGGAUCGGAACAUGCGGGAGUUGGCGUACAAAAAGUUACAGGCGGCGAAGGAGAAAGCUGUGAAUCAGGACGAGGUGCAGAUCAUAGAAGGCACCGACGAGAAGGACGGCGGUAGCAGCAACGUGUCCUCCGAGAACAAAACUUCCACUGACAAUAAGGACAGAUCCGUUAAUCACAAGGAGCAUGCUAGUAAGAGCGGCGAGGGCGCAGUUAAAUGCGUUGACGUCGUCGACAUUCCUAUUCCAACCAGUGACGAGGUCGCCUUGGCGGGCAAGACGCCGCCGUUGCCGCCGACUGGGCAACCAGUCGGCGCACCGUUGCCUCCCACGGCGACGAAUCCUCUCGUGCCCCAUGCGAUUGUACAUAACUCUCCCAACAACCCACCCAUAAUACCCAACAACUGCCCAACAAUCACCGUAUCACACAGCCCGAAUUUCCCGGCUCCGGCUCCCGGUGUGCAACAACCACCGCCGCCGCCGCUGCCGCCACCACUGCCUCAGUCCGCCGAGUCGACAGUCUUGCCGCAAAUAUCCGUGUCUGUACCUAUUACGGUGCCGCCAAUCCCGCCAACGCCGGUUCUACCGAACAUGUCUGUCCCACCGCCGCCGAUCCCGCCGAUUCCCGUUCCGGCACCGAACACGAUCAUGUCCAAGUUCAAUCCACCAAAUAAUCUCGUACCGUUGAAGUCGGUGGAUCCUCCGAAGCCACCGAUAGUAACAUUUACGACGAAAAGUCUGAAGCGAUUGCCCUUGCCACCUGGCAUCAAUCAGAACGAUUUGGAGAGCAUAGACUCUCCACCGAGUCGUUCCCCGAGUCCUCCAAAUAAGGCGCAGCUCAAGUUCCCACCGUCGACGCCGAAGCCACCGCUGAAGAAGGGCAUCAAGGACUUGCCGAUGCCACCAGUUGUACCUGGAUCGGAAGACCUGAGCGGUGAGGACGACCCGAACGCGACGCCGCCGCGCUCGAAGGUCGAGCGGGUUGCACCAAAGCCGAAACUGAAGAGACCGAAAAUACUGAAGCGCAGAGGGUCACGCAACUGCCACACUCCCAUGUCCGCCUCCGGCGGCAAGGACUGGGGCGAACGUUGCGUUGACGUUUUCGAGUUUAUAACGCAGAUCGGGGAAGGUACUUACGGACAGGUGUACAAGGCACGGGACAAACGGGCCGGCGUGCUGGUAGCGCUGAAGAAAGUCAGGCUUGAGAAUGAGAAGGAGGGAUUCCCCAUCACGGCGGUCAGAGAAAUCAAGAUUUUACGACAGCUCAAUCACAAGAACAUUGUUAAUCUUAGGGAAGUUGUUACCGACAAGCAAGACGCAUUGGACUUCCGGAAGGAUAAGGGUUCCUUUUACUUGGUCUUCGAAUACAUGGACCACGACUUGAUGGGCUUGUUGGAAUCCGGUAUGGUGGAUUUCAACGAGAUGAAUAACGCCAGCAUCAUGAAGCAACUGCUGGACGGCCUGAAUUACUGUCACAGCAAGAACUUUCUGCAUCGAGACAUCAAGUGCUCGAACAUAUUGAUGAACAACAAAGGCGAAGUUAAACUGGCUGACUUCGGAUUAGCGCGACUGUAUAACGCGGAGGACAGGCAAAGGCCGUACACCAAUAAGGUGAUCACUCUGUGGUACAGACCCCCGGAACUUCUGCUAGGAGAGGAACGUUACGGUCCGGCGAUUGACGUGUGGAGCUGCGGGUGUAUCUUGGGGGAAUUGUUCUCGAAGAAACCUUUGUUCCAGGCGAGUGUAGAUAUGAUGCAGUUGGAGAUGAUUUCGAGGGUUUGUGGAACGCCUACUCCCGCUGUCUGGCCUUCGGUGAUCAAACUGCCGCACUGGCACACACUCAAGCCAAAAAAGCAGCACAGGAGACGACUGAGGGAGGAUUUCGCGUUCAUGCCCGGGCCAGCGUUGGACCUGCUGGAUAAAAUGUUGGUAUUAGAUCCGGAGAAGCGCAUAACGGCGGCUGACGCGCUCAAGAGCGCUUGGCUGAAGAACGUUCAGCCUGAACAGAUGCCAGCGCCGCAACUUCCGACUUGGCAGGAUUGUCAUGAACUUUGGUGUAAAAAGCGAAAGCGCUUGCUACGAGAACAGCAAGAGAGCACUGCGGCGAAGAUGCCUCUCCUUCCCUUCCCGAAUAAAGGAGGCCCCCACCCGAAGGAUGAUCUGUCAGAUGUCGGGGGGUCUUCUAAACGACUAAAGAUGGAAGCAGGCUAUAACUCGCACCCGAGCAGACUCGGUGCGGAGACCCAUUACGGUGAAGAUAAUAUGUUUAAUCAGGGCGGACCGUACGUCGUAUCAACACCGUCGUAUUUCUUCAAUAGUUCAUCGCCCGUUAAACCACAGCCGAAUCUGAAGGGGGAUAAUCAAUCAUUGGAAAUGUGUGUGGAGGAUACUCUCGCCCGUAGAUUGAUGAUUCUCACCAACGCCUUGAAUCAGGGAAAGCCGAUUCGGGUCGACGAUCUUCUGUCGCUUCGACUAGACCAGAGUGAGUGCGAUCCCAAGGUAGCGCAGCUGUUGUCCGAUCUACGCGUGGAACUUCGUCUGAUCGCGAACUCCCGACCUGGUGGACAGCUGGAUCCUCAUCUGCCUGUGCUGAACCCGCCUAUACUAGAUACGAGCGUGCCGCACGGUCCGAGUAAUUUUGACGCGCAUGCAGUCUACGCGGGCGACGACGCCGUCAGCUCCCACGGGAGAUGGUCGCAACUGGCCACCGCCGGUAUCCGGAACGCGCUGUCGGCACUCAUGUCGUACUACGGUCUGGACAGCUCCUGCAAUCCCACCGGCCCCGCCUCGGCUGUCGGGCGAGCGCCGUCAAGUAAACCACCUGUGCAGCCGAAUCUGGUGCAGAACCUUUUCCUGCCCUCGACUUCCUCGCAGCAAUCUGCGUUUAGCUCGUAAUAAUAAUGACUCGUGCACAAUGCGCGACCCGCCGCGAACCGUGUAAUGAGUAUGUAAAAUCAGAAGGAAUCUAUAAAUCGCUAUUUUUUAAAUCAUGCUAGGCCGAAAACAAGUAAGCGAGUGGGUGUGUGUGAGUGACGACGCGCGAGUGAAUAAAUGAGAGGAAGAAAAAGAGAGAGAGAGAGAGAGAGAGAAAAGGGAAAGGGUGAAAGAGGAUGAGAAAGAUGGUAUGACCAUGUGGUUGAUCUGUUUAUAGACUUCUGUUAUUAUCACUCCGUUAACCCGUAAGUGCACGCUCAGUGUAUAAUUGUACGAUAUGCGACCAGAUACUUAAUUAGGAUAUACAAUUUUUCUCUCUCCCCCCCCCCCCCCCAAAAUGACGACGGUAUUAUAGUCGUUAUAUAGUGUACACUGGAAUUAUAUAUUAAUAUGGUAUAUAUGGGAUGCGAGAGAUUGUUUCGGGAGACAUUAUUAUUAUUAUUCGGUGAAUCGCGCGCAAGAAGGCAGUGUUCUCUCACGUUUUUCGUUUACCGCAUCAUUACGAAAGAUCUGUGAUACACACGUGUAUAUACAUAUAUAUACAUUACAAUUUAUAAAUAUAUUGUGAAUGUAGAAAUCCAAAAUCCGAAGCUGGAGCUCGAUUUUCAAUGUUCAUUUUUCGUUAGAAAAGGAAAGAGCGAGAGAGAAGGACGCGGAGAAAAAAAAGGGGGACUUUUGUUAGUGACAUUCGAGGUCUUCUUAACGAGGGAUCGCAUUUUGUUGUAGUCUCACGGAAGGAAGAGAGGGAUUUAUUUUCCGAGAGAAACCACGCGGCUCCGCGAGCGGGAAGCGUUGAUUCGCGGUGGCGGCGGUAACGCUGAGAAAUGUGAAUAUUUAUUUAUUGCUUAAGGUUUUUUAUAUAAGAUACUAGCGCUUAUUUAUUACGGACGUAUCUACAGUGUACAAUGUACAUACUUAUAUGCUAAGGAUAUAUAAUAAAAAUAUCGACAGC